ACUGUCACCACUGCAAGUGCAAAGGCUCGCGUGUUACAACUCGAACGGUAAAAUUAGACAGACAUGGUACGGCCCACGGACCGUCCUGCCAAGCUCAGGCCCGAUUUUGGCCCAUGGGCAUUCCGAGUUCGCGGUUUUACCCCCUCCUCUCUCUCUCUCUCCCUCCCCCCAAAUUUGAAAAUUGAAAGCCGCUGCCAAAAUCGGCGCCACAAUUCUUGGAUUUGCAGCAAACUCAUUCAAUUCGUUCGUUUAUCAGUUCUACGGGAAAUCAAUCUCCCUAGUCCGCUCAGUUCCCCCUCCCAAACAGCUGAAAGAGUAAACCCUAAAAGAGAGGAAACCAAGAAGAGGGAAGAAAUGGCUGAAGCGAACUCGUAUGAGGAGCAGCGAAGGAGGCAGGUAGAGGAGAACAAGAGGAAGCUGGAGGAGCUGCGCCUGCACCACCUCUCCGCCGCCGUCCGUGAGGCCGCCGCCAAGCCCAAACAGAAGCGGAAGGCCCCGGCGCAACGAGACGCCGGCAAGGACGCACCGCGCCGGCGUUCCAACCGCAUCGCCAGCAUCCCCGAGCGGCCGAACUACCGCGAGAAUGCAAUUUAUUCGCAGAAGCAAAAAGAAUUAAAACCUGAUCAUGCAUACGCCGUUAGCAAGGCCGAAGAGCUAAAGGAUGAGUUGAGCUCUGACUACCCUACCUUUGUCAGACCCAUGACUCAGACUCUUUCCAACCUGCAUAUCCCGUCUCAGUUCAGCACUGAGCAUCUCCCGCAGCAAGACGCAAGAGUGUAUUUGGUGGAUGAUGAUGAGGAGGAGUACCGCACAUUCUACCGUCCACACACUAGCAGCCUUAACAAAGGGUGGAGAGAGUUCGCCGUCGAUCAUGAGCUGGUUGAUGGUGAUUGCUUGGUAUUCCAGCUGAUUAAGAAGGCAUUCUUCAAGGUCUACAUAUUUAGGGCAAGCUCUUACUAUGAAGAUGAUCAUUAAUGAAGCAAUGCCUAGAUGACUUUUACAUGUCAAGCUUGGCACCCCCUAUAAUAAAUUCGUAGAUCUGGCACUGGGUGGAAGCAGAUCUUCAUGUGCUGUAGCUCCAUAUCCAAACCAAUUUGUUUUUGCGUGUUUUCUCAACAUGUUUAGUUACAAGCAAAAAAAAUUAUGCUUUUCUUGCAAUUUUCCUUCAGGGCUAUCCAAAAAUAUUAUAGGCUGACUCCAAUCGAUGUAUAUGUGUUUUCUCAACUUAUUUUGCAUAUUGAUGAAAUAUAAUAUUCUUUAUUGUAAUUUUCUACAGAAAGUGAGUAUCUUUUAACAUUUCAGUAUGAUAAUAUUAGCAGAGGUAAUGUCACACCAUCUUACCCAGGGCCCGUAUAUUGACAGGAGCGAGGUGUGCGAUGGUUCAGGGCCUCCAAUUUUUUAGGGCCCCCUAAUCUUGCCUUAAUAUUAAUUACAAUCCUUAAUUACAGCAGAAAAAGAAAAAUAAUCAUUAAACAGAAAAAGGAAAAGGCUAAACGACUGCUUCUGUUCACAUAGCCGCAUGACGCCUCGUCUACUAUCAGCCUAUCUCCAAUUUUCCAAUCUCCACUGAUCGAUCAUACAGCCAGGGACACAGUCACUAGCGUGUGAUUUCCUCUAUCGUCGCCUUGCUGCUCGGCUCAUGUUGUCUUCCGCUCAUCUGCUCUUAUCAGCUAAUUGAGAAAUCCAUAAUCCACUUCAAAGCAAACCGUUGGUACUUUCGCGUUCAUGACUUUAUCGCGCAAUCACAAAAAAUGUUUUCCAACGUACCGUAAGAACUACCGUAUGUUAAAGUAACAUAAUUAAGUUUUUUUUUUAGAGGGGAAGUAAUAUAAUUAAGUGAAAUAUUUUGGUUAUGCAACAUUUUUCUAAUUUUAGGGCCUCAUUUUACAUUUCAUUCCAGGGCCUCGAAUUCCUAGAUAACGGCCCUGAUCUUACCACAAGGUCACCACAACACCAUAACCACCCUAUCUUUUAACCAAACAGAAACUGGACUCGCCCUAUCCAUCUCUCAUAUGUCUAACCACACAGGAUAUUGGCUCAUCCAAGUUAUGCAACCAAACACAAAAAAGAGAUACCCAUUUUUUGAAAGGGAAAAAAGGGAUAUCCUUAUCCAUGCUAUCCAUGGCUAUCUCUAUCCAUCUUUACCUGACCGUGAACCAAAUGCACCAACUAAUGUCCACAGAAGCUUUUUGUGGCCAGCAUAGAAGCCGGGAACGCGGGUCGGUACCACAUCCCGCAACCGUCGACCCAAUUUGGGAUCGGGAUCGCAUGGGUCGAUACAACAAGGUAGUUCUUCUUCAGUUUGUCCCAGAGGCAGCGACCCCCGACCCGCGACCCCGUUCCUCGACCCGAGCAAUCCGGGUUCUUGGUAACUAUGGCCAGAAGUCUAUUGACACUACAUAAAAUUUACCGAAUUGUGUUUAGGAUAUGGUAUUUUCUUCCAACAGCAGGGGAUUAUCUUGGCUUGGAUGCUCUUUGCAGGAUUUUUCUUGUCUUGCCCCGCCCUAAACAUCAGUAUUUAAACUGUGUACUCAACUUUUCUGUAUAAACUUCUCAGUUAAGAUACUCUUGCUUCUUGUAGGUUUAGCUUUUUUUCGUAAGAGAGGAGUGGUUAGAGUGUCUGGGCGGGCUGUGGUUGUGUGUACCAUUUCUUGUAUAUAACUGCCUCAAAUCUUGAUGAAAUGGCAUGCAAGUCUCCUUGGAUGUGCUUGAAAACUAUA